AUGAAAAAUCAAAAAUUUGAUGAGUUUGAUCUUUUACCUGUACGUAGUCAUGAAAUGGGUGAGAUUAUGUUCAGGCCUGAAUUUAAGAUCGAACGUAUUAUUUCAAAAGAUGUUGAAGAAGAUGAGUUUGAGAUAGAACGUGUUGUCAAGUUUGUUGAAGAAUACGGGGUCAAAGAAUCCGCUCGUGGUUUAAGGCUCAGUGAAGAAGAAGUGAUCAAAAGCGUCUCGGAAUACAUAAAGAAUGUUACUGGUCGACUACAAGACUUAGAAACGAUGGUUGAUCAAGAAUCGAGACAGAUGCCAAACAAAGGGAAGUGUGGAACCGAGAUGCAAGAAUCACAUCAGAAGACGUCAAAAGAAGAAGGUGGUGAUAAGUCUGUUCAUGUUCAAAAAAUGUGGACUAGUAAGGUAGUGGAGAAUCGAGAAUUUGUGUUGUUACAUACUACCAAAUUGGUAGAUAUAAUAGGGUAUCGAGAGUAUGAACUCGAACAGGUGAUUAAAGUGGUUCAAAGUAUGAACAUUGAGUAUUCGGGUCAUAUUUUAGGACUUGAAUAUUUAGAUGUGGUCGAUAAAGUUACAGAAUACAUAACGUUGAAGAAAUCUCGAAUUGAAUUCUUGCAUAAUGUUGUCCAAGAAUCAGAGUUGAUGAGAGAAAAACGAGGAAGUGCAGCCACGAAUACUAAUCAAGAGCCACAAUUGGAUAAUUCUGUUUCUGUUGCUGUGUUUGUAUCGCACCAGGAAUUGCUUUGUAAUGAAUCAGAUGAAAAAAAAGAAGGUGAGAAAUCUGUUUGUGUUAAUGAAAGAAAGGGGGAAACAGAAUCGGGCCAAGAAUCACAUUUGAAGACAUUGAAUGAAGAAGGCGAAAAAUCUGUUGAUGAGCCAUUAUCCAGGAUAAGUGGUGGAAUGUCAACAGCAGGUAUGCAGAUUGGAGGGCAAGAGUAUCCACCACUAGCAGGGAGAUCAACGGGUCAGAAGCAGUUGAGUGUUGAAGAAAGUAAUGAAAGCGAUGGUGAGCCAAUAUCAGGCCAAAAGAUAUUAAACAACGAAAAAGAAGAUGGUGAAUUUGUUCGUGUUGAUGAGAGAAUUGUAAAAGAGAGUGAGUCAAAGUCGGGCCAAGAAUCCCACCUGAAGUCAUUGGAUGAAGAAAAAGAAGAGGGUGACAAAUCUGCAGCUCAUGGUGAAGUGAGAGACGAAAAAGAGAGUAGGCUACUAUCUGGCCAGAUGACGUUGAAUGAAGAAAACGAAGGCGGUGAUAAUUCUGUCAAUCAUAUUGAACAAAAGAAUGAAAAUGAGGUUAAGUCAGAUUCGGGUCAAGAAAUGAAUGAAGAAAAAGUAAGUACAGAAUCUGUAAAUGCUGAAGCAGGAAACGAAAAAGGGAGUGAGAAAGUGACUGGGAGCGGAAUGUUAACGGUUAGUAGAGAGGUAGGAGAUAGUAUGCAGGUGGCAGCUGGUCAGCAGAUACAGAAUGACCUUAAGAAAGAAGUUCCACCGGUGCCGGCUCCUGCUCCUGUUCAAGGAGCCCUUGCACCCUACAUCGACUUUGCCCUUGCCCGACCCUCGAAACCAAAAAGGCGUGGACAGAAAGUUCAUAAUGUUGUCCAAGAAUCAGAGUUGAUGAGAGAAAAAAGAGGUAGUGCAGUCACGAAUACUAAUCAAGAACCACGUUUGGAUAAUUCUGUUUCUCUUGCUGUAUUUGUAUCACACCAGGAAUUGCUUUUUAAUGAGUUAGAUGGAAAAAAAGAAGGUGACAAAUCUGUUUGUGUUAAUGAAAGAAAGGGGAAAACAGAAUCGGGCCAAAAGACAUCAAACGACGAAAAAGAAGAUGGUAAAUCCGUACGUGUUGAAAAGAGAACUGUAAAAGAGAAUGAGUCAAAGUCAGGCCAAGAAUCGCAUUUGAAGUCAUUGGAUGAAGAAAGAGAAAAGGGUGAUAAAUCUGUUAAUCACGUUGAAGUGAGAAACGAAAGAGAGAGUGUGCUAGAAUCGGGUCAGAUGAUGUCGCAUGAAGAAAGCGAAAGCGGUGAUAAAUGUGUCAAUCAUGUUGAAAAAAUUGAAAGAGACGUUAAGUUAGAAUCGGGUCAACAAAUGAAAAAAGAAAAAGUAAGUACUGAAACUGAAAAUGUUGAAGUAGGAAAUGAAAAAGGGGAAGUGACUGGGAGCGGAAUGUUAACGAUUAGUAGAGAGGUAGGAGAUAGUAUGCAGGUGGCAGGCCAAGGAAACGGGAGAGGGAGUUCACGGGAUCAGCAGCUGCAACAAAGUGUUUAUGACAGAGUGCAUGCGCCACUACCAGGGCAAACGGGUCAGCAACGUGUAACGGAGAGUGAGCCAAAAUCGGGACACGGAUUGCAUUUGAAGUCAUUGGAUGAAGAAAAAGAAGAGGGUGAUAAAUCUGCAUCUGCUCAUGUUGAAGUGACAAACGAAAGAGAGAGUGUGCUAGAGUCGGGACUGAUGACGUUGAAUGAAGAAAACGAAGGUGGUGAUAAUUCUGUCAAUCAUUUUGAACAAAAGGAUGAAAGUGAGGUUAAGUCAGAUUCGGGUCAAGAAAUGAAUGAAGAAAAUGUCAGUACUGAAUCUGUAAAUGCUGAAGCAGGAAACGACAAAGGGAGUGAGGAAGUGACUGGGAGCGGAAUGUUAACGGUUAGUAGUAGAGAGGUAGGAGAUAGUAUGCAGGUGGCAGCUGGUCAAGGACACGAGAGCGGGAGUUCAAGUGGUCAGCAACAGCUGCAGCCGAGUGUUAAUGGUUGGGGUUGGGGGAGAGGGUAUGUAUCGGGACAGCAGCCACAGAACGAACUUACGAUAGAAGAUCCACCAGCACCGGCUACGGCUCCUGCUCCUGUUCAAGGAGCCCUUGCACCCUACAUCGACUUUGCCUUUGCCCGACCCACGAGACCAAACAAGCGUGGACAGAAAGUUCAUAAGUAA